AUGACACAGAGGAAUGACACCAUUUCACAGAGGAAUGACACCAUGUCACAAAGAAAUGACACCAUGUCACAGAGGAAUGACACCAUGACACAGAGGAAUGACACCAUGACACAGAGGAAUGACACCGUGUCACAGAGGAAUGACACCAUGUCACAGAGGAAUGACACCAUGUCACAAAAGAAUGACGCCAUGUCACAGAGGAAUGACACCAUGACACAGAGGAAUGACACCAUGACACAGAGGAAUGACACCAUGUCACAAAAGAAUGACGUCAUGUCACAGAGGAAUGACACCAUGUCACAGAGGAAUGACACCAUGUCACAGAGGAAUGACACCAUGUCACAAAAGAAUGAUGCCAUGUCACAGAGGAAUGACACCAUGACACAGAGGAAUGACACCAUGUCACAGAGGAAUGACACCAUGUCACAGAGGAAUGACGCCAUGUCACAGAGGAAUGACACCAUGUCACAAAAGAAUGACGCCAUGUCACAGAGGAAUGACACCAUGUCACAAAGGAAUGACGCCAUGUCACAGAGGAAUGACACCAUGACACAGAGGAAUGACACCAUGACACAGAGGAAUGACACCAUGACACAGAGGAAUGACACCAUGUCACAGAGGAAUGACGCCAUGUCACAGAGGAAUGACGCCAUGUCACAGAGGAAUGACACCAUGACACAGAGGAAUGACACCAUGUCACAAAGGAAUGACACCAUGACACAGAGGAAUGACACCAUGACACAGAGAAAUGACACCAUAUCACAGAGGAAUGACACCAUGACACAGAGGAAUGACAUGAUGUCACAAAAGAAUGACGCCAUGUCACAGAGGAAUGACACCAUGUCACAGAGGAAUGACACCAUGUCACAGAGGAAUGACACCAUGACACAGAGGAAUGACACCAUGUCACAAAGGAAUGACGCCAUGUCACAGAGGAAUGACAACAUGACACAGAGGAAUGACACCAUGACACAGAGGAAUGACACCAUGACACAUAGGAAUGACACCAUGACACAAAGGAAUGACGCCAUGUCACAGAGGAAUGACACCAUGUCACAGAGGAAUGACACCAUGUCACAAAGGAAUGACGCCAUGUCACAGAGGAAUGACAACAUGACACAGAGGAAUGACACCAUGACACAGAGGAAUGACACCAUGACACAGAGGAAUGACACCAUGACACAGAGGAAUGACACCAUGUCACAUGGGAAUGACACCAUGUCACAAAGGAAUGACACCAUGUCACAAGGGAAUGACACCAUGUCACAAAGGAAUGACACCAUGUCACAGAGGAAUGACACCAUGUCACAAAGGAAUGACACCAUGUCACAGAGGAAUGACACCAUGUCACAGAGGAAUGACACCAUGUCACAGAGGAAUGACACCAUGUCACAGAGGAAUGACACCAUGACACAGAGGAAUGACACCAUGACACAGAGGAAUGACACCAUGACACAGAGGAAUGACACCAUGUCACAAAGGAAUGACAACAGGACACAAAGGAAUGACACCAUGACACAAAAGAAUGACACCAUGUCACAGAGGAAUGACACCAUGUCACAAAGGAAUAACGCCCUUCCACAAGAGUCCCUCCCAUACCACCCGGAGUCCCUCCCAUACCACCCGGGGUCCCUCCCAUACCACCUGUGA